AUGAAGGCACAGUACAUACUAUUAGUCAUCUUAGGUGUGGAAAUCACUAUAGGGAGUUUAGGAAAUGGAUUCAUAGCUGUGGUGAACAUCAUGGACUGGGUCAAGAGAAGAAAAAUGUCUUCAGUGGAUCAGCUCUUUACUGCCCUCGCCAUCUCCAGACUUGCUUUUAUGUGGUCACUACUCACAGUUUCAUUGAUAAAUGAGAGGCACUCGUCCUUUAUGAAAACUGAAAAAAUGUUGAGAAUACUCAGUAUUUCCUGGACAGUGGUCAAUCAUUUCAACAUCUGGCUUGCUACAUGUCUCAGCAUCUUUUAUUUUCUCAAGAUAGCUAAUUUUUCAAAUUCUAUUUUUCUUUUCCUGAAGUGGAGAGUAAGAAAAGUGGUUUCAGGGACACUUUUGGCAUCCCUUCUCUUCUUGUUUAUGAAUAGUAUAGUUGUAAACACAUUAUCUGGAAUCUGGAGUGAUGACUAUAACGCAAAUAUGUCCUAUAGUUCUCAUUCAAAUAACUAUAUGCAGUUGUCUAUGCUUCCUUUAUUGAUAAUCACUGUGUUCACAUUCAUACCCUUCACUGUGUCCUUGGUAUCUUUCCUUCUGCUCAUCUUCUCCCUGUGGAGACAUCUGAAGAACAUGCAGCUCAACUCUGAAGGCUCCAGAGACUCCAGCACUACAGCCCACAUAAGGGCCCUGCAUAUGAUGGUGGCAUUCCUUUUACUGUAUACCAUUUUCUUUCUUGCACUUGUCAUUCAUUUUUGGGAAAAUGAGAUUUGGCAGGAAAAUUUGUUCAAUUUGCCUGUUGAGGACACAGCACUUGCUUUUCCUUCAAUCCAUUCCUGUGUCCUAAUUCUGGGAAACACUAAGCUCAGACAGGCUUUUCUGUCCAUGUUGAGGUGGCUGAGGCCCAGGCUUUAUGUUUCAGAACACCCAAGUUCUUAG